GCGCAGUGUCUUCGCUGAAGUAGCAGAGCUACGAUGAUGAGCUGGUGCUGCACCAUAAGCUGUUCGUGCAAAGUAGUGGCAUUAGUGUUACUUGUUUCUUAGAACUCGGUAAAAAUCUACCACCCACGACUUACAGAAUUGCACGAAGCUCACGGUGACUGAUCAUCCCCCAACUUGCGGGAGUUGAACAUUUAAAAAAAAAAGGAAAACAAAAAUAGAAUAAAAGAAGGGAAAAGAAUGGUUAAACGAACGGAAGAAGAAAGAGUGCUAUUGAAGGCGGAGUUCCUUUUCGUGACUCGAAACUUUUAACCUUGAACGAACUGAACUAUUUUUCAAAAGACAAGAAGACGUUGAGAACACAGGCCGUUGCUAAACAACGAGCCCCAUCUUCUUCCCUUUUUUUUUUAUUUUCUCCCCCAAUCGUGUCGUGUUCUUCGGUGUUUUUUCAAAAAAUACCGUUAAUUCUCCUGAAUCGAUAAACUGGAAAGAGAAAGAAAGCAAAACAAAGAGAGUUUCUGCACGAAAUAAAAACAAAACAAAACGGCCGCGACGGUACCAAUAAAAAGGACGAGCAAAAACUUGGCCAGUUUCCUAAAAGCUCAAGGUGCUAGUUUGGAUCAAAAGAGCUGGGUUAGUGUGUGUCUGGGCAUUCAGGAGCGUGUGGCUCACCUGAGGAAGUGGCCCCUCAAGGCAUACAGGUGAACGUCAAAUAAAAAUAUCAGAAAAAAAAACAAGCCCACAAAAGAAAGAAAAUAAUAAUAAACAGCGAAUCAGAAUACGGGAGAGACAAGGAGAAAGAAAAAAAAAAAAGAAGGGAGCGGGAGUUUGGAUGAAAAGUCGUGAGAACUGAUGUAAAAAAAUAACAACACAAAAAAAGAACGAACGAAUACAACAACGAAGAGGAGAACCGAGAACCGAAACAGCCAGUGAAGGUAUCACCACUAUAUAGAAAGAACGAAAAGCUUGGCUUUUAUCUCACUUCUCUUCUUUCGUUUCACAAGCGCGCACAGUUGCGCUCUCACCUUCUGGUUUAGUGCACGUUGCGGUUGUUUGUGCGUGACCUGAAGAGUCAAGUCGAACAACAACAACACACAGAAAAACUAAGAAAAAUAGACACGUACAGGUGAAGUGAUUGGCCGACAGUGACAUUUGUUUGGCACUAAUCUUCAUUGUGUGUGUGUAUUUUCUGCCGCUGGCGUCACACCUCGGACGUGUGAAUUGGGUGGCACAUCAAGUUGGGCGACAUCCUCUGGAAUAUUUUCAAAGUUCAGAUUAAAAGUGCUAUACCAACAUCAAACCGCCAUCCACUUCCAAAUCAUCGCCCUUGUCUAUUUGUUUGUGGACCCUGGCGUUUGCGAUUCAAAUCAAUUAGAGUUUUCUACCCGACGUUUUAAAGUGAAUUCCAAACGCAACUGAAAUGCCGUUUAGAAGCAUUUACGUCGUCCUGCUAGCCGUGACGUUCGGUUGUUGCUGGGCAAAGAAGGCCGAGAUGAGCAAGUACGGCUGGUACAUCGGCGAUCUGGCCCGCGAUGUUUCUGGACAGGUGUACGCCGUCAGUGACGAAGUCCUCUUCAUCAAAGGCUUCGUGUACGGAGGCACCGGACCCGAUGCCUACUUCUGGACGGGCAAUUCAAGUCGACCAAAUCCGGUUGGCAGCGUUAUUCCUUAUCCGGCCGACUAUCAGGGAAAGGAAGCGCCUGUAUUGGGACGAUAUGACAACAAAGACGUCCUGCUCAAGUUACCACUCGGCAUGAAAGUGCGUGAUCUUCGCUGGCUCUCUGUCUGGUGCAGAAGAUUCGCGGUUGAUUUCGGAUCGGUGCAAUUCCCCGCUGAUUUGGACCCUGCCAAACCGCAAGUCCUACCCGAAUUCAAACGACUAGGGCACGGUCUACGCUCCGGCAGCGUUACCAUCCUGGACGCCAAAACGUUCUACAUACCUAAUUUGCACUACGACGGAGCGGCUCCCGACGCUUACUUCUGGGUCGGCACCGGCACCGUGCCUAACGCCCAGGGCAUCAAAGUGCCCAACGAACUUGGAGACACUAAUAAUCUGCGUGGAUACCAAGGCGAGGAUAUUGAAAUCCAGCUGCCCGGCGAUUUGACUGUGCACGACAUUGAUUGGUUGUCCGUGUGGUGCAUCUCCUUCCGCGAGAACUUUGGCCACGUCAUGAUCCCGAAAAAUCUCGACGUACCGCCAGCGCUAGGACAGAACCAGUUGACCACUACCAAAAUCCCGAGCGAAACGAGCGGGGCCGGCGCUACGGUCGGCGAGGGUCAUGAAUUUGACUCUUGCAUCCAAUUGCUCAACGGCCGCAUGCAAGUCCAGUGGGAAGCUAUCCUAGAGGGAGUGAUCAUCCGACUUUCUGCCCGUAUGGACGAGAACGAAUACAUGUCGUUCGGAAUAAGCGGCGCAGAGGGCCGCACGCAAAUGAUCGGCGCUGAUGUCGCCGUCGCUUAUUUCAAUAGCGAGGACAACAAAUUCUACGCCGAAGACUACAUUUUGAAUGCUAAAUCGCAGUGCGAUGGAAAUAACGGCGUUUGCCCCGAUAGCCGGAUAGGAGGACGUAACGACGUCAGCAUGCUUUACGGCCAGAGGAUCAAUGGCGUCACUACCGUUGCUUAUCAGCGUUCGCUGGACGCCCAGCAAGACAAAUUUGAUCAAGUCAUUCCGCCGGUCGGACGGGUGAAUGUUAUUGCCGCUAUAGGGCCGCUCAAUUCGCGCAAAGAAGCCAACUACCAUUCGACCGAUCGCACUGGACCUCAAGAGGAUCACCGGAUUGAUUUUACCAGCCGAGGAGUCAAUCAAUGCCCCGUUCUUCUAGCUCCCGAAGACAAGACCAAACAACACGGUUCUGGAGGAUCAUCAUCUUCGGGAACGAGCACGGAGAACGCCAUUCAACCGUGGAAACCGAACGUUAUAUCGGGCAAGACGGAAUUGAGGGCUAGAAUAGGUCCUACUGGUGGCAAAAAAGGCUACACGGCCAUUACAGGUCAGCCAUCUUGGGGCAUCGCCUGGUACAUUAAUGAUCUCCUGAUUCCCGAAAUCUAUGUUGAAAGAGGUGAAACGUACACGUUCCUAGUUGAAGGAGGUAAUGACCCAACGAAUUCGGCUCGCUGGCAUCCGCUCUACAUAACGGACAAUCAAGAGGGCGGAUACGGACAGAAAACCGAUGCCCAACAGAGAGAACAGCGCGUAUUUGCCGGAAUCGAGUUCGAUCCUAGCGGAUUUCCUUUCCCCACCGCUGCCGGAAGUUUGUGCGAAUGGAAGCACAAGACGGUGGACAAGUGGGCCGUAUCGGAGACAUUUGAAGACUACACACAAACUUUGAUACUCGAAUGCGAAAGUGAUCGAGAGCAGCCGGCCAACCUAACGUGGACCGUUCCUUUGAACGCCCCCAACACCUUGUAUUAUCAGUGUUACACGCACAAUAGUUUGGGAUGGAAGAUUAACGUCGUUGACCGAGGGUUCGAGCCUCCUAAAGCUCGUGGGGCAGCUUCUUCGCUGGUCGGAUUCCGAAUCUCAUCAUUAGCCGUUUUGUUGUUACCGCUUUCCGUUCUGUUUUUAUGACCUCAUAUACUCAACAGCCCCAUUCGCGCAGUUGUUUUCUCUGUUUUUGUUUCGUCCAUUUUUACCCGUAAAUUAACUUUUGGAAUUUAAAGUUAAAGCAAAAGCCUUGGGUUGACAAAUUUUUAUUCUAUGUGUGACUAUGAUUGUGCUUGUGGCGAACGUAAUCUUUAUCAAAAAGUGCGUAAACGCUUCGUCGAUUCCCGUGUUUUCUAACCAUUUCUUUUUUUUUUCUUUCUCAAAGUUGUUUUUUGAAAUUGAAUCUAAAUUUUUUCCGAAAAAAAAAUAAUCCUCCCCCAAAAUUAUCGGCAUGUUGGAACAUAGUUUCAAUGAAAUCGUUGUGCAUUUGAAAUUUUUCUUCAUCAUAUUAAAAACUAAUUGGUAUUGCAGUACACUAACUGUUUUUUGAGAAAA